AAUUUUCUGGAAGCUUUUCCUGGCCGUGGUAUAAAUUCCGCCAUUACUAAAAAUUCCCUUGAUUUGAUCCUUGUAUGCAGUUGCUGUAGGUUACUUGUAAUUUAACGUAUUUUUUCUAAUCUCAUUUUAUAAUAAAUUAGUGUAUAAAUCUAUAUUUAAGAAAAUGGCAAAAGCACCAGCAGUUGGUAUUGAUCUUGGAACAACUUAUUCCUGUGUUGGAGUAUUUCAACAUGGAAAAGUUGAAAUUAUUGCUAAUGACCAAGGAAACAGAACCACUCCAUCAUAUGUAGCCUUCACAGAUACGGAGCGUCUUAUUGGAGACGCUGCCAAAAACCAAGUAGCUAUGAAUCCCAAUAACACAAUUUUUGAUGCUAAGCGUCUUAUUGGUAGAAGAUUUGAUGAUCCUGCUGUACAAGCUGAUAUGAAACAUUGGCCAUUUGAAGUAAUCAAUGAAGAUACGAAACCAAAAAUGAAAGUAGAUUACAAAGGUGAAAGUAAAACAUUCUUCCCUGAAGAAAUCAGUUCUAUGGUACUUACAAAAAUGAAGGAAACAGCUGAAGCAUACUUGGGAACUUCUGUUACAAACGCAGUUAUAACUGUGCCAGCCUAUUUUAAUGAUUCACAACGUCAGGCAACUAAAGAUGCUGGAACUAUUGCUGGCCUUCAAGUACUUAGAAUUAUUAAUGAACCUACUGCAGCUGCUAUCGCGUAUGGUCUUGACAAAAAAGGACAAGGUGAAAGAAAUGUUCUUAUAUUUGAUCUGGGUGGUGGUACUUUUGAUGUCUCCAUCUUGACUAUUGAGGAUGGUAUUUUUGAAGUAAAAUCUACUGCUGGAGACACUCAUUUGGGAGGUGAAGAUUUUGAUAACCGCAUGGUUAAUCAUUUUGUCCAAGAAUUUAAGCGUAAAUACAAGAAAGAUUUAACCACAAACAAAAGAGCACUCAGACGAUUAAGAACCGCAUGUGAAAGAGCGAAGAGAACUUUGUCAUCUUCCACUCAAGCCAGCAUUGAAAUUGAUUCCCUAUUUGAGGGAAUAGACUUCUACACUUCAAUUACACGUGCCCGUUUUGAAGAACUCAAUGCUGAUUUAUUCAGGUCUACGAUGGAGCCAGUAGAAAAGGCCAUACGUGAUGCAAAAAUGGAUAAGUCCGCAGUACAUGACAUCGUACUGGUUGGAGGAUCAACUCGUAUUCCCAAGGUCCAAAAAUUACUGCAGGAUUUCUUUAAUGGGAAAGAGCUUAACAAAUCCAUCAACCCUGAUGAGGCUGUUGCCUAUGGUGCUGCUGUUCAAGCUGCUAUUUUACAUGGUGACAAAUCAGAAGAGGUACAAGAUCUGCUUCUUCUUGAUGUUACUCCACUUUCAUUGGGUAUUGAAACUGCAGGUGGUGUUAUGACAACCCUUAUCAAAAGGAACACAACCAUUCCUACUAAGCAAACACAAACAUUUACAACCUAUUCUGACAACCAACCUGGAGUACUUAUUCAGGUUUAUGAAGGCGAGCGUGCUAUGACUCGUGAUAACAAUCUUUUGGGUAAAUUUGAACUCACUGGAAUUCCCCCAGCACCUCGAGGCGUUCCUCAAAUCGAAGUAACAUUCGAUAUCGACGCUAACGGUAUUUUGAACGUAAGCGCCAUUGAAAAGUCCACUAACAAGGAAAAUAAAAUUACAAUUACAAACGACAAGGGACGUCUCAGCAAGGAGGAUAUUGAAAGAAUGGUCAAUGAGGCUGAGAAAUACAGAAAUGAAGAUGAGAAACAGAGGAGCACAAUUUCAGCCAAGAAUGCUCUGGAAUCUUACUGCUUUAACAUCAAAAGUACAGCAGAAGAUGACAAAAUCAAGGACAAGAUUAGCGACAGCGACAAACAAACUGUGUUGGAGAAAUGCAAUGAGGUCAUUGCGUGGUUAGAUGCCAAUCAACUCGCCGACAAAGAAGAGUAUGAACACAAACAGAAGGAAUUGGAGAACAUUUGCAACCCAAUUAUCACAAAAUUGUAUCAAGGAGCUGGCGGUGCCCCAGGUGGAAUGCCUGGAGGAUUCCCAGGCGGCGCGGGCGCUGCCCCUGGUGCAGGAGCUGGUGCUGGAGGUGCCGGACCAACCAUUGAAGAGGUCGAUUAAAUGUAGCCAUUCCAUAAUUAAUUACCCUUGCUUUUGUUACAGUAUUAAAAUUUCCUCUUUUACAUUUUGGCUUUACAGAGACAAUUUCAGAUCAUAAACUCGUUUUGUAUCUACAAUUUUUACAGUUUGUUUGCAGAUAUGUUCAAUUUUUUUAUUAAAGGUCAGUUUCAAAUUGAAUAUAAAA